AUGUUUGACGAAUACGUUGAACAUACUACCGCUGCUACCCCCAGUCAUGGUGUAUUACAGAGUCGUGGAUUGCAGUACGAGGGUUUUGAGCCUGCCCAGCCAGAAGAAGUCCUUGACUUUGACCUACAAGAGGCUCCAGAUGUAGAACCUCCUCAAUCCCCGAUAUUUGACCUUGGUCAAGUGCAAUGCGCCAUCAACGCUCCUCUCGUCUCUCUCGUGGUCUGCUCUGACAUGCUCGUUAUGGGUCUCGCAUCCAACGUGCUUAUAUUGAUUGAAUUGGCCCAUGCUACACAAGUCACCAAAAUACAGAUUCCGGCCAAACCAAAUGAAAUGACGUUGCACAAACUGUUCAUGGACCCGUCCGGGAGGCAUAUCAUCAUAACUUCUACACAAGGACAGAAUUGGUAUCUAUACAGAACAUGGAAGAAGCCGCGUCAGCUGAAGACAUUCAACAAACUUGUCAUAGAGAGCAUUGCGUGGAACAAGGCGGCGAUGUUAUCCAAUGCCCAACCCACAUCUACGCGGGAAAUUCUUCUCGGUGCCCGGAAUGGAACUGUAUAUGAAGCCAUGCUCAAUGCCGAGGAAGACUUUUUCAAGUCGCAGGAACGCUACCUUCAACCCGUGUUCUCCUUGCCGGAACUCCACCCUGUGACUGGCGUUAAAUACGAGUUUUUCCCUCCAUCAGACCCGAGAAGGGCUUUAGUGGUUGUGACAACACCUUCGCGAAUUUAUCAAUUUGUUGGAACUCCUGAUCGUCGCUCUGAUGAUAGUGGACGUAUAUUCUCGACAAUGUUUGCUUCGUAUAGAGAUAAGGUUCCUAAAAUCUUAGAACUUCCUGGUGAUACGCAGCACUCUGAACUUCACUUUUACACUUCUAACCCGGAGCAAGCGAACUCACUGCCAAGGUCACUUGCUUGGAUGACUGCUCCGGGAAUAUACCACGGGAACCUCAAUUUUGAGAGUACCACGGACGACUUUAUCGACGCCGCUGACGUCUUGCCUUACAAUACAUCUGGAGGCGUAUCGGAAGUUCCACUCUCAAUUGCAUUAACGGACUUUCACUAUGUCAUUCUCUACAAAGAUCGGAUCGCCGGCGUGUGCAAUUUAGACGACAAAGUCACAUACGAAGAACCUCUUCCACUAAGGCCCGGUGAAGAGGUCCGAGGGAUCACUGCUGAUCCCGUUCGGAAAACGUACUGGGUGUACACUGAUCAAUCCAUAUUCGAGUUAUUGGUUGGAAAUGAAGAUAGGGAUGUGUGGAAAAUCUACUUGGAGAAGAACCAGUUCGAGACUGCAUUACGCCAUACCAAGACCGCAAGACAACGUAACCAAGUCUUAGCUGCUCAAGCAAACAGCUUUUUCUCAGGAGGACGGUUCUUUCAGGCAGCCCAGUGCUAUGCUCAAUGCUCAGUGUCCUUCGAGGAGGUGGUACUCAAAUUUCUGGACGUUAAUGAGCGAGACGCUUUACGGUCAUAUAUCAUCUCACGACUGGAGAGAACCAAGAAGACUGACAUUACCCAGCGGAUGAUGUUGGCUACAUGGUUAGUUGAAUUCUAUCUUAGCAAAUGCAACGAACUGGAUGAUAUGGUCGCCUCUGAAUCGGUGUUACAUGAUGUUGGGAACUUGCAAGCAGAACGUGCUAUUCUCGAGGAUGAUCUCCGGCAAUUUUUCGAGACCUACAAGAAUAACCUUGACCCAAAAACGACAUAUGAACUCAUUCAAGGCCAUGGUCGAACGGAUAUGUACCUACACUAUGCUACUGUCAUUGGUGACUCUGAGCGAGUAAUCGAACAUUGGGUUAUGGAGGAGGAAUGGUCAAAGGCAAUCGAUACCCUCAAUCGACAGUCAAAUCUCGAACUGUAUUACAGAUUUUGCGCUGUACUUUUGCGGCAAGCACCAAAGGAGACGGUCGACUCAUGGUUGAAACAACCUACUUUGGAUCCAAUACGCCUCAUACCGUCGCUGUUGCAACUUCAACAUGCUCCUCGCGACCCUCUUUCACCGAACCAAGCUAUUCGGUACCUUAACCAUAUUGUGUUCGAACAACAAAAUACCUCCCCUACCAUUCAUAAUCUUCUUGUCACCUUCUAUGUCCUUCCUUCCUCCGCUCCAUCGAGUUCGGCUACUUCAGACGACGGUCCGAUCCUCCGAUUCCUUUCGACUGCCCCAGCGGAUCCUAUCACUGGGAAGCCUUACUAUGACUUGGACUACGCCCUGCGUUUAUGCAAACAGACAGGCCGUACACAACCUUGCGUGCAUAUCUAUUCCAAAAUGGCUCUGUAUGAAAAUAGCGUUGACCUAGCACUAGAGAAAGGAGAUUUAGAGCUAGCAAAGAUCAACGCCGAUAUGCCUGAAGAUGAUCAACCCUUGAGGAAAAAGCUAUGGCUGAAGAUUGCACGCUAUGUCGUACAAGACAAGAAGGAUAUCAAAACAGCCAUGCGAUUCUUGGAGAACACAGAUCUCCUGAAGAUUGAAGACAUCUUGCCUUUCUUCCCGGACUUUGUCGUAAUUGACGAUUUCAAGGAGGAAAUUGCCCAUGCCCUGGAGGGGUAUUCGUCUCAUAUAGACAUGUUGAGAAACGAGAUGGAUGACGCAACUCGAACAGCAGAGUCCAUUAAGCAGGAUAUCAAUGCACUUCGGAAUCGCUUUGUAACGAUUGAUGCGGGAGAUACUUGUUCAGUCUGCUCCCAUUUACUUUUGACGCGACAGUUCUACGUUUUUCCUUGUAGACACAACUUUCAUGCCGACUGUCUCAUUGGUUUGGUAAAAGAGUACUUGCCGGCUCAUUCGCUCCGUCGGAUACUCGCAUUGCAAACAGAACUAAUGAAGGGUGCCGGUACUCCAACAAUUAGUGCAAAUAUCACCAGCCCAGCUCCUGUCAAUCCAGCUGUACAACCACAAAGCCGUCAACCCCAUACUCAACGUACUCUCCUGUCUGCCAACUUCACCAAUCCACUCCAAAACGGCACUCGGGCAGCGAAUCUCCUUGGACGAAAUCUUCUCUCUGCGGGAGACAAGAUACGAGAUUUGAUUGUUCCGGAUGCGCUCGCUGCGUUGGUAUCUGCGCCGACAUGGAUACCAGGCAUUGGGGGCGGAAGGCGAAACGGAAACGAUACUGACGGAGGGAAAAAAGUUGAAAAACUUCGAGCUGAACUGGAUGACCUCCUGGCAAGCAAUUGUCCUUUGUGCGAGAGCGUCGUGGUCGGGUUGGAUAAGCCAUUUAUUGCAGAAGGCGAGUUGGAUACAACGUGGACGUUGUGA